UUGGGUAAGCAAACGAAGGAAAAUGGGAAACAGAAGGCAGUGGGAAGUUGGGUGGAGAAACCGAGGCAUACCAAUUGCUUCAAAUUCUUCACCAUAAUCGCUUCUCUCCCUCGAUUCAUAGCUCUUCCCAUUUUUCCCACGAAUUUCCCUCACAAUGAUUCAUUAUUCAUUCUCGAUUUCCAAUCCUUCUUCUUCUACUUCAUCUCAUUCCCCUUUCCAAUUCGUUAAACCCCACAGAUUCUCCAAUUAUUUCGGCCGUUUUUGUCCUCUGAUUCGAUGUGAUGCUGUGGAUUCUUCUUCUUCUUCUUCCAAGGUGGCGGUGGAAUCUUCUUCUUCUUCUUCUUCGUUUCCGGUAUCGAAGGUGAGUAAGGUUAUGGAGUCGCCAGAGAUUUCUUCCAAGGCUGGUCCGUAUCCUGGAGGAAUGGGGCCUUACACUGGCAGAGAUCCGACUGUGAAGAAGCCUGGUUGGUUGAGGCAACGAGCUCCUCAGGGAGAGAAGUUUCAGGAGGUUAAGAACUCGUUGUCUCGAUUGAAUCUCAAUACUGUUUGUGAAGAGGCCCAAUGCCCCAACAUUGGAGAGUGUUGGAAUGGUGGAGGGGAUGGUAUUGCAACUGCUACAAUUAUGCUUCUUGGGGAUACAUGUACUCGGGGAUGUAGAUUUUGUGCUGUAAAGACUAGCAGAAACCCUGCACCUCCUGAUCCUAUGGAGCCUGUUAACACUGCUAAAGCUAUUGCCAGUUGGGGUGUAGAUUACAUAGUCCUAACAAGUGUAGAUCGUGACGAUAUUCCUGAUGGAGGAAGCGGACAUUUUGCUCAGACGGUCAAAGCUAUGAAGGAACUUAAGCCCGAGAUCAUGGUCGAGUGUUUAACUUCUGAUUUUCGAGGUGACUUGAAGGCUGUAGAGACUCUAGUGCACUCAGGAUUAGAUGUAUUUGCUCAUAAUGUUGAGACCGUGAAACGUCUUCAACGAAUUGUUAGAGAUCCUCGAGCUGGAUAUGACCAGAGCUUAGCCGUUCUAAAACAUGCAAAGCACAGUAAGGAGGGAAUGAUCACCAAAUCUUCAAUCAUGUUGGGCCUCGGAGAAACCGACGAUGAAUUGAAGGAAGCUCUAGCUGAUUUAAGGGCCAUCGAUGUCGAUAUUCUUACACUCGGGCAGUAUUUGCAGCCCACACCAUUACACCUGACUGUCAAGGAAUACGUCACGCCCGAAAAGUUUGCAUUCUGGAAAGAAUACGGAGAGUCGAUUGGAUUCCGAUAUGUAGCUAGUGGACCUCUGGUUCGAUCCUCAUAUCGAGCAGGCGAGCUCUUCGUCCAAACCAUGGUUAGAGAAAGAGUCAAAGACACAACCGUAACUUGAAGGAUUGACAUUCCAGCUGUGACGUGAGCUCGAGUCAUUAGCAGCGUCUCGGGAUAGAGUAUCUGUAACAUAGAAAAAAGAAAAAGGAGAGGAAUGAUCUUAGAGGAGAAGCCAUGGUCAGCUGAGGCAAGUUAGAACUGGUAUGGCUCUCCUGAGUUGGUUUCUUCUCUUUGCAAGUUAUUACUCUUUUAUUGACAUAUUUUUGUCUCUUUCUUGAGAUCUCAUUAAUAUACUCUUUCAACUUUAGUUUAAUCACAUAUUAUGAGUAAGCUUACUUUAUUUUGUUUCAA